CGUUCCAACUUCCGUUUUCUCCACAUGGUAAAUUUGUCACCAAAAUAAACGAUGGCAAAUUCUUUUGGAGACGACUUGUUUGAUGUUUUUGAUGAAAAAUCAGAUUCAAACCCUGCUAAGCAAAUCGAAGAAAAAGAUGCUUCUUCCACCGAGAGCUUAAGCGACGAGAAAAGAGCUGAAGACCUCCUUCGACAGAUUGUCGGGAAAACUAAGAGAGCAGCAGGGACUGAAUUUGAAUCCCAGGAGUCGAAGAAGCAAAAAACAGAAGAUGGUACUGGUGAUGCCAACACAGAAGUCCUGCCUCGAAUCCAAGUACACAGAGUGGAAACAGUGGAGGCCUGUUUGCAUGAGGUGGCUGUGCCUCCCGAUGAAGAGUUUGUGCCUCUCAAACCCUCGCAGAAGAAAUCUGCUAAAGACUUCCCCUUCAUCCUAGAUCCGUUUCAGAAGGAGGCAAUUCUCUGUCUGGAGAACAACCAGUCAGUGCUGGUGUCCGCUCACACGUCAGCGGGAAAGACCGUCGUAGCUGUGUACGCUAUUGCCAUGUCACUACAAGUGAAGCAGAGAGUCAUCUACACAACCCCCAUCAAGGCUCUGAGUAAUCAGAAAUACAGAGAGCUGUUUGAGGAGUUCCAGGACGUGGGCCUGAUGACGGGAGACGUCACCAUCAACCCCACCGCCAGCUGCCUCGUCAUGACCACAGAGAUUUUGAGAAGCAUGUUGUAUCGUGGAUCGGAGGUGAUGAGAGAGGUGGCCUGGGUUAUAUUUGAUGAGAUCCAUUACAUGAGAGACAAAGAGAGGGGCGUGGUUUGGGAAGAAACCAUCAUCUUGCUGCCCGACAACGUGCACUACGUGUUCCUCUCCGCAACCAUCCCCAACGCCCGCCAGUUUGCUGAGUGGAUCUGUCACUUACACAAACAGCCGUGCCAUGUCGUGUACACCGACUUCCGCCCCAUCCCCCUCCAGCACUACAUCUUCCCUGCGGGCGGAGACGGACUCCACCUGGUGGUGGAUGAAAACGGGGAUUUUCGGGAGGAGAACUUCAACACUGCGAUGGGUGUAUUGAAGGACGCAGGUGAUGCUUCCAAGGGAGAUCAGCGGGGUCGUAAAGGUGGCUCCAAGAGUCACGAGUCCAACUGCUUCAAGAUCGUCAAGAUGAUCAUGGAGAGAAGCUUUGCCCCAGUGAUUGUGUUCAGCUUCAGCCGGAAGGACUGUGAAGGAUAUGCGAUGCAAAUGGCCAAACUAGACUUCAACACAGAAGAAGAGAAGGGCUUGGUAGAAGAAGUGUUUAACAAUGCUAUAGAUUCACUGUCUGAUGAGGACAAGAAACUACCACAGGUGGAGAAUGUGCUGCCACUUCUGAAGAAAGGUGUUGGGAUCCAUCACUCGGGGCUGCUUCCCCUGCUGAAAGAAACCAUUGAAAUUCUCUUCUCAGAAGGCCUCAUCAAGGCAUUAUUUGCCACGGAGACAUUCGCCAUGGGCUUAAACAUGCCGGCUAGGACUGUGCUGUUCACGGCCGCCAGGAAGUUUGAUGGCAAGGACUUCAGAUGGGUAACGUCUGGUGAGUACAUCCAGAUGAGUGGUCGGGCUGGACGUCGUGGGUUGGACGAGAGAGGAAUUGUCAUCCUGAUGGUGGACGAGAAGAUGAGUCCAGCUGUUGGCAAGACACUGCUCAGGGGCCUGCCCGACCCCCUGAACAGUGCCUUCCACCUCACCUACAACAUGGUGCUCAACCUGCUGCGUGUGGAGGAGAUCAACCCCGAGUACAUGCUGGAGCGAUCCUUCUACCAGUUCCAGAACUACGCCGCCAUCCCCGACCUCGUGGAGAAGCUGCGUCAGAAGGAGGAGGACUACAGGUCCAUGAAGAUCCAGAAUGAGGACCAGGUGGCCUCAUACUUCAAGAUCCGACAGCAGCUGGACAACCUGGGCCACGACAUGAUGCACUUCAUACAGAAACCUGCCUACCUGCUUCCCUUCCUGCAGCCUGGCAGACUCGUCAAGGUGAAGAACAAAGAAGAUGAUUUUGGCUGGGGUGUUGUCAUCAACUUCCAGAAGAAGAUGGACCAGAGCAAGGCGACCGAUGACACAGGACCUCUCUACAUAGCUGAAGUAUUGAUGUAUAUAACCAAGGAAAGUGCAAAAUCUCGUAAAACAACGGACAUAAAGCCUUGUCCCAAAGGCCAACGCGGGGAAAUGCAGGUUGUACCGGUGUUGACGACGCUGAUCGAGGGAAUCAGUGCGAUAAGACUGUACGUCCCACAGGACCUCAAGAGUAACGACAAGAGGCAGAGUGUCUACAAGUCUCUCCAGGAGGUGGAGAAGCGCUUCCCUGAUGGCUUACCUCCCCUUGACCCUAUAGAGGAUAUGGGCAUCAAGGACAAGAAGCUACAGGAAAUCAUCAAGAAAACCGAAGCCUUUGAACAUCGUUUAUACUCUCAUCCACUCCAUAAGGAUGCCCAGUUAGAGGAGCUGUAUUCCUUGUAUGACAGGAAGUCUCGGCUCGGUAACGAGGUGAAGGCCAUCAAAUCUGAGCUGAAGAAGAAGAAGUCCCUGCUGCAGAUGGACGAACUCAAGUGUCGGAAACGCGUUCUCCGGAGAAUGGGGUAUGCAACCAGCUCUGACGUCAUCGAGAUCAAAGGCCGGGUGGCGUGUGAGAUUAGCAGUGCGGACGAGCUGCUGCUGACAGAGCUGUUGUUUAAUGGUGUCUUCAACAACCUGACCGAGCAGCAGUCCUGUGCCCUCCUCAGCUGCUUCGUGUUCCAGGAGAACUCCAACGAGAUGCCCAAACUGACCGAGGAGCUCUCCGGGCCGCUGCGUAUCAUGCAGGACACCGCUCGGCGUAUCGCCCGGGUCAGUCGGGAGGCCAAGCUGGAGCACCUGGAGGAGGAGGCUUACGCCGAGGCAUUCCGCCCUCACAUGAUGGACGUUGUCAACGCUUGGUGUAACGGAUCAACAUUUGCCCAGUUGUGUAAAAUGACCGACAUCUUUGAAGGUAGUAUAAUCAGGUGUAUGCGGAGGCUGGAGGAACUACUCAGACAGAUGGUGCAGGCAGCUAAAGCCAUCGGAAACACGGAGCUUGAAAACAAGUUCUCAGAAGCGAUCAGGAGAAUCAAGAGGGAUAUUGUAUUUGCUGCUAGUCUGUACUUAUAGUAGCAAGUGCUUGCUGUCGGACACACCAAGCAGCCCACAAGCUCCUCACAGGGAUUGCCUGUUCCUGGAUCUCUCUAUACCAUCAGGGCCACUAGUCAAAACUCCCCACUCUGCUAAGUGCCACAACCAUGCAUGGAGUUGACCAUGCCACGGACCGAUUGUUGUGUUUACAAACAAGUGAUGGCUGUCAUGAUGCCAAAUAUUCUUCAACCAGCUAAAUUAUUUUCUUUGUUUUUCAUUUUGAAUUUUGAAUUCUUACAGUAAGAAUGUAAGGGAAGUUUGGUGGGUUUUUUUUCCGUUAGUGUACAAUCUCAAACCAAUCUGAUUAAACAAACAACAUGAAUUCAUCUGGGAAAUAGUGAGCCAGGCAUAAACCUUUUCAAAAUUCACUUUGAUGUCUUUCCCAAAGACAUACACAAAAUUAUACAUGUCAAUACAUGUGAGGUUAGAAAUUGUUUAAGAUUAUUGUAUAGGCUGCUUUCUGUUAGUGGCAGCGAUAAUAGCGAUGAUACCGGGAGGGUAAUAAUGCACUAGGGUGGAGCUUAAGGAGCCCCACUGUGAGGGGAGGUAACUCUUGUGUUACCAUGGAAAGACGGGACAGUGUUUAUUGUGUUCAUUGGUCUGUGAGUGGCGUUCUGGACAGUGGCGUUCCGGACAGUGGCGUUCCGGACAGUGGCGUUCCUGACAGUGGCGUUCCGGACAGUGGCACGGUAGUCUUGGAUUCAUGAGAUGGCAGAGAUUCUCAUACGUGGAAAUAUACCUGUAUGAGAUGCUUUCUAAGAUGAAGGGGAUAUUGAGAGUAUCCAGAAUUGAAAUAAUAAUUGGCUGUCUUGUGACAUUGUAAUGUAAACGAUGUAGUUCUUUUGUAGACCUUGUGAAAAGAAAUGUCAAAGAAUUCAGUGUUGUAAUUUGAAAAUAAGUACAUUGUCUAGCAUUGUGACAACAAAAAUCUAUUUGAUAAAUAGUGAUUUGUUAGCAUGCUACUAAUAGUUCUACUCUUGGUUAGUAUAUUACAUGCAGAAAUGUAAGCAUUGUGUUGGAGCUUGCCAGCUGGAGGGACACAUGGCAUGUACACGUUCAGCUUAAAACUUCCUGUUCAUAUGUAAAUGUCAUGUUCAUUUCACUCAGACAAAUGAUUCACCGUACACUGUUGUGUACAUCCUUGUAAAUAAUGUAAAUACAUUAUUCUGUAAAAAAUGUCAAUAAAUCGGAAUCAGACUGA